AGCCUGCAAGCUUGGAUAUCAUUAUCAUUGAAUAGGUAGUCACUGAUAUCAUAGAAGCAACUCUUGUGGUGCUUUUAAGAGAAGUUUCCUGCAGAAUACAGAUAAACAAGUGCAUUAACCAAGUCACAAGUGUUCAUCCCCUCCUCCAAAUCAAGCAUAAAUGGCUUCCCAAGCACCUAAGCUUCACUUUGUCCUCUUUCCCCUCAUGUCCCCAGGCCACAUGCUCCCCAUGAUAGACCUUGCAACAAUAUUAGCACACCAGAACAUAAUUGUCACCGUUAUCACAACCCCACACAACGCUGCUCGUUUCUCAGAAACCUUCACUCGCGCUUCCGAAUCCGGCCUUCAACUCAGAUUAGUCCAGCUCCAAUUCCCAUCUAAAGAUGCUGGAUUCCCAGAAGGGUGUGAGAAUUUUGACAUGCUUCCAUCCAUGAGCAUGGGAUAUGAUUUUUUCAAAGCAGCAAACACAAUUCUGCAGGAACCAGCUGAAAAAGUGUUUGAAGAGUUAACACCAAAUCCAAACUGCAUAAUAUCUGAUGUUAGUUUCCCAUAUACUGCUGAAAUAGCCACCAAGUUCAAUAUUCCCAGGAUUUCCUUCUAUGGAGUGAGUUGCUUCUGUCUUCUCUGGCAGAUGAAUUUGUUAACCUCUCAGGUUCUGGAAAACACAGCCACAGAUUCGGAAUACUUCGCCAUACCCGGAAUUCCUGACAAAAUUGAGAUCACUAGAGCUCAGAUGCCAAGUUCAAGUAAUGGAAACUGGAAGGAGUUUGUUGACAAAAUGGCUGCAGCUGAAAUGGUUUCUUAUGGGGUGGUGGUGAAUUCUUUUGAGGAGUUGGAGCCAGACUAUGCAAGGGAUUUCAAGAAGGUUAAGAAUGAUAAACUCUGGUGUGUUGGCCCUGUGUCACUCAGCAACAGGAAUCACCUGGAUAAGGCUCAGAGAGGGAACAAGGCUUCAGUUGAUAUGGAAAGUUGCAUGAAAUGGCUUGAUUUGCAAAAUCCAAGUGGGGUUAUCUAUGUGUGCCUAGGAAGCAUUUGCAAUUUAAGUCCUUUGCAGUUUAUUGAGAUUGGUAUGGCCUUAGAGGAAUCUAAUAGGCCAUUCAUUUGGGUUAUAAGGGAAAGAAAUCAAACAGAAGAGUUGAAAAGUUGGAUUGAGGAAUCUGGAUUUGAGGAAAGGACUAAAGGGAGAGGACUUUUGAUCAAGGGUUGGGCUCCUCAGGUAUUGAUACUAUCACACCCUGCAAUUGGAGGGUUCUUAACACACUGUGGUUGGAACUCAACCUUGGAAGCUGUAUGUGCUGGUGUGCCAAUGCUUACUUGGCCAUUAUUUGGAGACCAAUUCUUCAAUGAGAAGUUCAUUGUGGAAAUAUUGAGAGUUGGGGUGAGUGUUGGAGUGGAGAGUCCUGUGAACUGGGGUGAUGAAGAGAAAGCUGGGGUGUUGGUGAAGAAAGAAGAUGUUCAGAAUGCUAUACAGAAGUUAAUGGAUGAGGCAAAUGGAAGUGAAGAGAGAAGGGAAAGGGCUAAGAAACUUGCUGAGAUGGCCAAGAGAGCUGUAGAAGAAGGAGGAUCUUCUCACUCAAAUGUGACACUACUAAUCCAAGAUAUCAUGCAACAGUCCAACUAAGAAAGUUUCUUUGGGUAGUCAAAACUGCAGGAGAAAAAAUUUCAGAGCUCAACUUUUCAGGAUGGUAAUAGAAGUUUUGAGGAGAAAAUUUCCAAGCUUUGUUGCUCUAUUCAUCCUCAUGUAUGUCAUCUUAGAGAAUGAAAAGAGCAACUGAUCUUGGAAAGAUAACAAGAAUGCAGGAGGAUGGUUCAUCCCACUUCAACAUUUCAUGCUGAGUUCAAGGUAUAAUGAAACAUUUAUAUACUAAAUAUGAGUUAUACAUCAAGUAAAUUAUUGGGUUUGUUACAGCUUGUGCUUCUCAGUGAGAGAACAUUGUUUUAGCUUACAAGUAUUCUCAGCUAUAAGUAAACUCAUCCUUCAGCCUUAUACAA